GAGCUGUCAACUGUUAAUGUCAACUGACAACUCCAUUACGUCACUCAUAAAUCGAAUACUCAUAGCCGAUAUUCGCUGUUUGCUGUGGUCGUUGUUGAAGGAAUUCGCGUAGACUGACCAGAGUCCGCGGAUUUCUCGUAUUAACUAGAGCAGAGCUGUUUCUUGCCGUUAAAUAUUCAUUGUCCGGAAAGAACUACCAGCAGUAACGAUGUCUCAAACGCUUACAUUCGGUGACUCAUGCGCUCCGAUAACUUGCCACGCUUGGAAUAAAGAUAGAACUCAGAUUGCCUUUUCACCUAACAACAAUGAAGUUCAUAUAUACCAAAAAGAGGGAAAUGAAUGGAAGCAAACCAAUAACCUAGUGGAGCAUGAUUUGAGAGUUAUGGGCAUUGACUGGGCACCCAACACUAAUCGAAUUGUUACUUGCUCUGUUGAUCGUAAUGCUUAUGUGUGGACACAGAGCGAUGAUGGGAAAUGGACCACAACACUGGUCCUUCUACGUAUCAACCGAGCAGCCACUUGUGUGAAAUGGUCACCCAUGGAGAACAAGUUUGCCGUCGGCUCCGGCGCAAGAUUAAUUUCAAUUUGUUAUUUCGAAAAAGAAAAUAACUGGUGGGUCUCCAAGCAUAUUAAAAAGCCCAUCCGCUCCACUGUGACUACAUUAGAUUGGCAUCCAAACAACAUGCUUCUAGUCGCCGGAUCGGCCGACUUCAAAGUCAGGGUCUUCUCUGCCUAUAUUAAAGAUAUAGAAGAUCAACCUGGUCCUAAUGUUUGGGGUUCCAAGUUACCCUUGGGGCAACUGUUGGCCGAAUUCCCUAAUUCGCCUUCAGGAGGCGGAUGGGUGCACAGUGUUUCGUUCUCUGCGGACGGUAAUAAGGUGGCUUGGGUCGGACAUGAUAGCUCUAUCAGCAUUGCUGAUGCCACUCAAGGAAAGACAAUGAUCAAAAUUAAGACUGAAUACCUGCCAUUUUUGGGAUGUAAUUGGAUUUCCAAUAACUCCCUGUUGGUCGCAGGCCAUAGUUGCAUUCCAUUGCUGUACUGCCACGAUGGAAACGAAUUGCGUUUCGUAGCCAAGUUGGAUAAUACUCAGAGGAAGGAGUCGGGCGGCCUCUCCGCCAUGAAGAAGUUCCAGUCACUGGAUCGUCAGGCUCGCAUCGAAACGAGCGACACUUACUUGGAUUCCAUUCAUCAGAAUGCAAUCACUUGUAUUAGCCUCUACAAAGGCACCAAGGCCAACGCUAAGAAGUUUAGCACUUCCGGCCUGGACGGCCAACUUGUCAUUUGGGAUUUGGAUUCUUUGGAGAGGUCAAUUGAGGGGCUCAAAAUCGUUUAA